AUCCCCUAUGAAUAAUUCCCACUCAUUAUCUUUGUUGCUUAAAGCUUUCCCUCUUCCCUUAUCCUCUCUCUCUCUCUCUCUCUUUCUCUCUCCAACACAUACAUCAAAUAUAAUGAACCAACCACAAUAUAGCUUAGAGAGAGAAGCUAAACGCAACUAAGGAAAUAAUUUCAUUCUCCAGAGAGGGAGAGAGAGUGAGAGAGCCCACAAGAAUUUAAUAAGGUUUUGUCGCUGUUUCUAUCUUUAAAAUAAAAAAUAUAAAAAAAAUAUUGAGAGAGAAAAGAGAAAGAGAAAUAGAAAGGUUUUUCAGUAGUGUAUGUUUAGAUAGAUUUAUAUAUCUAUUAUUCAGUCACGCAUGUGAUCAUGGAACGAGGAGGUGAUGAUCAUCUCCACCACCACCACCAUAAUCGCCGGCCAACUUUUCCGUUCCAAUUGCUUGAGAAGAAAGAAGACGAAGCAUGCUCCAGCAGCUCUUCCUCCGCCACCGCCAUCGUCCCUUAUCCUUCUCUCGCAAUCUCUUCCUCCCUGGAUACCAGCGCAAACCCUAACGCCGCUGCAGCUCGAUCCACCUCCGCCUCCGCCGCCGUCUCCGACUCCGCUGCUUUGGCGGAGCCGUCGAAGAAGCCGCCGCCGAAGCGGACGUCGACGAAGGACCGGCACACGAAGGUGGACGGGCGGGGGCGGCGCAUCCGCAUGCCGGCGCUCUGCGCCGCCAGGGUUUUCCAGCUCACCCGCGAGCUCGGCCACAAGUCCGACGGGGAGACCAUCGAGUGGCUGCUCCAGCAGGCCGAGCCGGCUGUGAUAGCCGCCACCGGGACCGGCACGAUUCCCGCCAAUUUCACGUCGCUUAAUAUUUCCUUGCGGAGCUCCGGGUCGAGCAUGUCCGUGCCGUCUCAGCUACGAUCUCAGUAUUUCAACCCUAACUUCUCGCUCUCGCAGCGGCGGAGCCUCUUCCCGGCCGGAAUCGGGUUGUCGCCGGCGGACAGCUCCGCCACCACGCUGCUGAAUUUCCAGGGGGCGAAUAUCAAUAUCAAUAACCCUAGUAUGCAGCUCUCGGCUGCCGCCGCCGCCGCCAAGCCGGAGCUGCGCGACAAUUCGAUCGAUUUGACGGAGCCGACGACGGCGGAGGAAGAGAGCAUAAGCCGGAAGCGGCGGUCGGAGCAAGAUUUACAACACCAAAUGGGGAGUUAUCUCCUGCAGUCCAGUGCAGGGACGAUGCCGGCGAGCCACGCUUCCGUGCCGGCCAAUUUCUGGAUGGUAACCAAUUCAACAAACCCCGUCAUGGGCGGGGCCGCCGGCGAUCCAAUAUGGACGUUUCCGUCCGUUAGUAACAACGCCGCCGCUGCCGCCGCGGCGUUGUAUAGAGGCACGAUGUCCAGUGGGUUGCAUUUUAUGAAUUUUCCCACGCCGGUGGCGCUGCUGCCUAGUCAGCAACUCGGCACCAAUAUUGGCGGCGGUGGCGGCGGAAAUGGGAUGGGAGAAGGGCAGUUAGGCAUGUUCGCCGGGCUAAACCCGUAUCAUCGCUCCGGCGGCGGCGGCGGAGUAUCUGAAUCUCAGGCCAGUGGCUCUCAUUCACACCACGGCGGGGAUGAUCGGCACGACACCACAAGUUAACAUUCACCGAGUCAUGAGACGAUAUUCAUCGGAAUUCAUGAAGCAAUUCAUCAAUCCCUCCACUUAUGUUGUGUAGUUUGGAUGUUUAAACACACACGUGAGGUUUGAUUAAUUAUUUUCUCUCAAAUUUCUGUUUCUUUUUGUUUCUUUUUCUUUUCUUUUCUUUCUUUCUUUCUUUCUUGCUUAAUUCCCUCUGAUUUUUAUUCUUUUUUUUUCCCCUUAAUUUUCUUGUGUGAUUAGUAUGCCUGCCGGUUUUAAGGUUUGGAGAAGGCAAGAGACUGAAUAUCAUUUGAUUUUUCCAUUUAAUUUACACAAAUUAAUAUAUGGUUUGUGGAGUUAAUUCUUUAGCA